UUCAUACAUAAUGAUGCAGCUUGCCUAUCAUGGCUUCUUGAUGAAUCUCGUAUGCUUUGCAUUAACAUUGAUCCUAUUGCAUGGAGGAGAACCAAGGGUAGGAGCUUCAGCUUCCACUCAUGAUGUCGUCAAAAUCGGUGCCAUUUUCACUUUAAAAACUAUAAACGGACGUGUUUCCAAAAUGGCCAUCGAAGCUGCUGAGAAAGAUGUGAAUUCUGAUCCUCGCAUCCUUGGUGGACGUAAAUUAUCCAUAACCAUUCAUGAUUCCAACUUCAGUGGUUUUCUUGGCUUCAUGGGGGCCCUUAAGUUCUUGAUGACUGACACUGUAGCUAUAAUUGGUCCACAAAGUUCAGUAAUGGCUCAUACUCUUUCGCAUCUUGCAAAUGAGCUGCAUGUUCCUCUAUUGUCCUUCAUUGCUCUGGAUCCCACCUUAACACCUCUUCAGCAUCCUUAUUUUGUACAAACAGCACCCAAUGAUCAGUUCCAAAUGACUGCAGUUGCGGACAUAAUUAGUUACUUUCGUUGGAAAGAAAUCAUUGUAGUUUAUAGUGAUGAUGAUCAGAGUCGAAAUGGGAUAACUGUAUUAGGGGACAAACUUGCAGAGAGGCGCUGUAAGAUAUCUUACAAAGCAGCACUGCCACCUGAUCCAACCGCAAGUCCAAGUGAUGUUGCUGAUCAGUUGGUGAAGAUUCAAAGUGUGGAAGCUCGAAUAAUUGUUUUACACACCUUCACAAAAACAGGUGUCUUGGUUUUUGAUGUGGCUCAAAAACUAGGGAUGAUAAGCAAAGGGUAUGUUUGGAUAGCUACUGCUUGGUUAUCAACUAUUUUGGAUUCAAGUUCAAAUUCACUACUACCUUUAAAUUCUUAUAACACAAUUCAAGGAGUACUUACUCUUCGCCCUCACACCCCUCAAUCAAGAAAAAAAGAGGUAUUUACCUCAAGGUGGAAACAGAUAAGUAAUGGCUCAUUUGGGUUAAACCCAUAUGGACUCUAUGCUUAUGAUUCUGUUUGGAUGAUUGCUUAUGCACUAAAAUCAUUUUUUGAUCAGAAUGGUACCAUUUCAUUCUCUAAUAAUACAAAUUUAAUUGGUAUGAGGGGAGAUACUCUUGAUCUUGGUGCUUUGAGCGUUUUUGAUGGAGGGAAACAGUUACUUGAUAACAUAUUGCACAUUAAUAUGACUGGAUUGACUGGACCUAUUCAAUUUGGUUCAGAUAGAUCCCCUUUACAUCCAUCAUAUGACAUCCUCAAUGUAAUUGCUACUGGUUAUAGGAGUAUUGGAUACUGGUCUAAUUAUUCUGGUCUCUCUGUGAUAACCCCUGAGAAACUUUACACAAAGCCUGCCAAUCGUUCAAUUUCAAACCAACAUCUAUAUGAUGUCAUAUGGCCUGGAAAUACAACAGAAAAGCCUCGUGGAUGGGUUCUAAAUAAUGGAAGGCAACUCAGAAUUGGAGUCCCCAACAGAGUUAGUUACCAGGACAUGGUCUCACAAAUAAAUGGCACCAAUGCAGUUCACGGAUAUUGCAUAGAUAUAUUCCUGGCAGCCAUAAAAUUGCUUCCAUAUGCAGUUCAACAUAGGUUCAUUCUGUUUGGAGAUGGGCAUAAGAACCCAAGCUACAAUGAUCUUGUCAAUAUGAUUACUGCUGAUCUACAGGCUUUUGAUGCUGCUAUAGGUGACAUUACAAUUGUCACUGACCGAACUAGGAUUGUUGAUUUUACUCAACCAUAUAUAGAGUCAGGGCUAGUUGUGGUUGCUCCAGUAAAAAGAUUGAAGUCGAGUGCUUGGGCUUUCUUGCGACCAUUUACUCCACUCAUGUGGGGUGUCACUGCACUUUUUUUCCUUAUUGUUGGAGCAGUGGUGUGGAUUCUUGAACAUAGAACAAAUGAUGAGUUUCGGGGGCCUCCAAAGAAACAGAUAGCUACAAUUCUUUGGUUUAGUUUCUCAACUCUGUUCUUUUCUCACAGAGAAAACAUAGUUAGUCCACUUGGUCGUAUUGUAUUGAUAAUCUGGCUUUUUGUGGUUCUGAUAAUCAAUUCAAGCUACACUGCAAGCUUGACAUCAAUUCUCACUGUACAACAGCUGUCCUCACCCAUAACAGGAAUUGAUACCUUGAUAUCCAGCAAUAAACCUAUAGGGUUCCAAGUAGGUUCAUUUGCUGAAAACUAUUUGACCAAGGAACUCAACAUCCCAAAACGUAGACUUGUUCCUCUUGGCUCACCAGAAGAAUAUGCUAUUGCUCUUGAGAGGGGAACUGUUGCAGCUGUGGUAGAUGAAAGGCCAUAUGUAGAACUCUUCCUGUCAAACCACUGCAAAUUCUCAAUUAGGGGCCAAGAGUUCACCAAAGGUGGAUGGGGAUUUGCAUUCCCUAGGGACUCUCCUUUAGCAAUUGAUAUGUCAACUGCUAUUCUGAAUCUAUCUGAGAAUGGUGAGCUUCAGAGGAUCCAUGAAAAGUGGCUUUCAAAAAAGGCUUGUGAUUUACAUAGUACUGAUAAUGAGCAGCUUCAAUUAAAUAGCUUCCGGGGCCUGUUUCUAAUCUGUGGGAUAGCAUUUUUCCUGGCCCUUCUUAUCUACUUUAUUUCAAUGGUACACCAAUUCUGUCAAAACUCCCCUGAAAAAUCUGAUCCUUCUAAUGGUUGCAGCUCACGCUCUGCACGCAUCCAGACAUUUCUAAAUUUUGUUGAUGAGAAAGAAGACAUAUCACACAAGAAGUCUAAAAGAAAACUUGAGGAUAUUUCUUCAAUUGCUUAUUCCAAAGAAAAUCAUUUAAGGAGCAUAUCCAAGAGAGUACAAAUGGACAUUUCCCAAGAGGCUCCUUUUGGUUAAACUUGGCUUCAAUUGAUUUAUCUUGCUCUUGAUAGAAAUUUUCUUCGAAGUCAUUCUGCUGUACUACUAUUUCUGAAAUGGAUAUCCUAAGGUCAAGACAAUUAGAAUGGGAGUGGACUGUCUCUAAC